AUGAUUCUGCGUCUGACCCGAACUCGCAAGCUCAACACUCCCGACUACUCUGCCAUUUCCGACGGCAAGCCUCGCCAGGAAUUCAUUCCCAAGUACUUUGGCAAGUCCGGAUUCUCUGAUCAGGAUCCGAAGAAGACCAAGAAGAACGGCGGAGGCAGAGGCAACUGGGGCAACGUCGGUGACGAAGUCCUCGAUGACGAGUUCAACUUUAACAAGCCUCGUCGGAGGUCCAACAGCAGCUCGGUCUCUUCUCAGCUGCGGGACUUCAAGACCAAGUUUGAUGUCAACGAGACGGAGCCCGUCUUCGAAGAGUCAUUCAACGAGGCUGAAGAGGAAGAUGAGGAGGGCUCCGGCCCUUCGGAGAGUGGCAACAGUGUCAACUAG